ACAGCUAAUUAGCCAUUAAUUCAGUGGCAGAUGAUAACUUGCUAAUUAUUUCCUGAAAAGCUUUCUCUGAAUCUGUGUUGUUGUGUUGAUUCAAGCGCACACACUUGCAACACAGAUUCAGAAAGAGAAAUUUCUCCACUUCCUGGGAAAAUUAUAAAAAGUUCUGACUUUUUGUGUUUGGCCGGCGAGAAAAUCCGGAGUAACCAUAUCUGGAAAACUGUGAUUCUGUUUGGCGUGGACCUAAUUGAUUGCGAGGUCUGUCUGGUAGAGUUCCAACACUGACUUGAACGAAUUUAUGAGCACGAGAUCCCUAAACCCGAUACAGGGUUUUGGUUAUUGGUGGUUUUUGCAUCAUUUCUGUUGUUAUCGCAAUUAUGUGGAUGGAUCCUACAAUGAGGCUCACUAUGAUUUUGAUGCUGCUUGGAUUGGCAAGUGCCUCUCCCAUGAAAAAUGAUUUUAGCCAUUGUGAAAAAAUUGUCAAGAAGUGGGCCUUUGCUUCUCUUGAAGAAGAAGCUACAAAGGGCAAACACACGCUGCGAGAUUUGUUGUUUUUCCUCCAUGUCCCAAGAACUGGAGGGCGUACAUAUUUUCACUGUUUCUUGAGAAAGCUGUACCAUAACUCUCAGGAAUGUCCCCGUUCAUAUGAUAAGCUGCGGUUUGAUCCAAGCAAACAGAAGUGCAAAUUGUUGGUUACACAUGAUGACUAUAGCAUGAUGUCCAAACUUCCAAAGGAAAAAACUUCAGUGGUGACCAUACUCAGGAAUCCAGUUGAUCGUGUGUUUAGUACUUACGAAUUUUCAGUUGAAGUGGCGGCCAGGUUCUUGGUGCAUCCUAACUUAACUUCUGCCACACGAAUGGCUGGUCGGUUACGUCCAAGGAAUGGUGGAGUUAGUACACUGGAUAUAUGGCCCUGGAAGUAUCUGGUUCCAUGGAUGAGGGAAGACCUAUUUGCUAGAAGAGAUACUAGGAAAUUUAGGGGUUCAAAUCAUGUGAAGAGCAAAGAUCCAUACAACAUGGAGGAAAUUGUUAUGCCAUUGCAUGAAUAUAUCAUGGACCCGGUAGCAUAUGACAUUGUUCACAAUGGAGCAACAUUCCAGGUUGCAGGAUUGACCAACAACUCUUAUUAUGUGGAAUCACAUGAAGUGCGCCAUUGUGUGCAGAAGUAUAAGAUUCUUGGUGAACACGUACUGCAAGUUGCAAAGAAGAGGUUAGAUGAGAUGCUAUAUGUUGGCCUUACUGAGGACCACAGAGAAUCUGCAACAAUGUUUGCAAAUGUGGUUGGUGCACAGGUGAUUUCCCAGGCAUUGGCGUUAAACUCUAGUGAGGAGACUGCAGCUGAUAGUAAAUCAGAGCAGAGCUCCUCAAUUUCAGAUUCUGAGCCUGAAAAUGAUGAUCAUCAGGUUAGCGACUCGGACCAAAAGGCAAGUGAAAUUGCUUCUACGGAAAAUCUGGAAGGGAAGAAAGAACGUAUGACUGUAAAGAAACUUAUGACAACCUAUGAAGACUGCAUUUCUAGUUUACGGAAAACCCAGGCACGUCGUCGUACUUCUUCUCUAAAGAGAAUAGCUCCAGCAAACUUUUCAAAGGAGGACCGUCUCCAUGUUUCUGAGGUGGUUAUUGAGCAGAUAAGAUCACUUAACAAUCUUGACUUGGAGCUUUACAAAUAUGCUCAAGACAUCUUUGCAACGCAACACAAGUACAGUAUGCAAAAGUUGGCCAGCACAGAAGUAUUGGAGGAUUUAUUCAACAAUUCAGGUGGCAUCACAUUAUGGAAAGCAGUUUCAUCGGUCAUGGGCAUCGUGGUACUCCUUGUACUCCUCCUAUUUGUAAAUGCAAGAAGAAAAACAUCAAAAGUCAAGAUAUGAAUUGUACUUUAAUUUUUUACUAGCUGCAGGGGUCAAAAGUUGCAUAGAAGAUAGGGAAGUAGGUACGAGUUUGAUUCCAUUUUUGGUGGAUGGCUAUGCUUUGGUUUAUAUGGGGGCUUAGUCAUGGAGCAAGGUGGUUUUGAUAGGGAUGGCCUUCCAAAUUAGAUUAAAAUCAUACAGACUGUUACGUUGAUCUGAUAUUGAAAAGGGUGUCUUUCUAUUAUUGUGUUUGAUGGUCAGUGGGACCCUUUUUCUUUUUCUUUCUGUAAUUUUUAUAAAAUAUAACUAUUUAAUCUC